AUGGCAAGUUGGGAUGAGAAACUUCUUACAGCUGCAAGGGAGGGGAAUAUAAAAGAGGUAGAAAUAUGUAUAAAGAACAGAGCUAACUUGGAAUAUAAAGAUGAAUUUAGUGGAUGGACACCAUUAAUAUUGGCGGCUGAGGGAGGACACCUGGAGGUGGUGACUUACCUAGUCACUCAGGGCAGGAGGAAGGACACCAUUAAUGUGGGCGGCUUGGGGAGGACACCUGGAGGUGGUGACUUACCUGGUCACUCACGGCAGUCAGUUUCACGCUACAGACCGGUAUGGAAGGACACCAUUAAUGUUGGCGGCUGUGAACGGACACCUGGAGGUGGUGACUUACCUGGUCACUCACGGCAGUCAGUUAAACGCUACAGACUCGGUAAUGAUAGAUAUAAUCACCUUACUCUGACCAAACAUCACUUUUUACAGAAUCUACACAAAAUCAUGUUUUUAAUCAGACAGGGAGGAAGGACACCAUUAAUGUUGGCGGCUGAGAGAGGACACCAGGAGGUGGUGACUUACCUAGUCACUCACGGCAGUCAGUUAGACGCUACAUCAGAGGAUGGACACACAGCUUUACAUCAUGCUGCUCAGUAUGGACGGAUUGAUGUAACAAAAUGGUUACUAGAUCAAGGAUGCAGUCCUUGGGUGAAAUCAUUGGAGGGUAAGACUCCUUAUGAUCUGGUAAAAAUAGAAUACUAUGAUGGUGAAGAGAGAAAAAGGAAGAAGGAAGAAGUGAUGGACUUCCUUAAGACUGUCAUGUCAAAGACAUCCCCAGAAGUAACUCCUGACACCCAUUUACAGGAACCUGCAGCACCAGUAGUUGAAGAUUCCAUCGGAAAAGGGCAACAGUCUGCCAUGUUAAAUCGUUUAUUAGGGAAGGGCAGCUAUGAAUCAUUUGAUAUGAGAUGCAUGGUAACCGGUCAAUUUUCUGUUGGGAAAACGACUCUUGUGAAGCUGUUAGCUGGGGAUGUCCUACCAGAAGGGCGACAUCCAACUGAUGGGAUUUCUCUGGUAGAAGGUCGCUGUGGCCUAGACAUUCAGUCAAAAGAGUGGAUUCUUGUUGAUUCAGACUCUUAUAAUGCCCUUGAUGUUGUGUACCAUAAGGUUUUAAUGACCUCUCUGGAAGCAGAGGAGGAGAGUGAACUAACCAAAAAGUUCAUCAAAGCUCCAGAUACAAGCCCAACUGGUUAUGCCAAAGCUACACUUUCCUCUUUGCCCCCAGAACAGUCUGCAGCAGCACAAUCUCUAAACAAGCCCCACACAGUAAAACAGACGGAAAAGAAAAUGAGAACAAGAAUGACAAAAGAAGAAAUAAGAAAGAAAAUGGAAAAGUUCCUCAAAAGUGGAAAGUAUAAGAUGAAAGUUGGACGUCUUAUCUUCUGGGAUUUUGGUGGACAAUAUGUUUAUCUAACAACACAUCAGACCUUCAUGACGUUCCGGGCAUUGUUUCUUGUAGUAUUUGAUGGGAGCAAAGAUUUGCAUGAACAGGUCCCUGAUGUGAUGUGUUUUCCAGGGCAGCACAUGACGCCAACGCCAGCAGUAUUCUUGCAAUAUUGGGUCAAUUCCAUCCUGACCUAUUGUAAGGUUGUAUAUGCAGGCAUUCCAAAAAUCUUGUUUGUUGCCACUCACAAGGACAAAGUACCAAUGGAGAAUAUUGAGACCAGACGUGAAGAGCUUUACAGAGGAAUUGAGGAGUUGUUUAAAGACCACGAGGGAAAACAUCAUCUGGUCCUUAGACCUCUAAUAUUUGUCAAUGCCAAAGAUCAAGCCGACCCAGAAAUAGAAGUUCUGAAGAAGACAAUAACAAAACUUACAUUCGACCACCCAUGCUGGGGUGAAAGAAUGCCCAAUGCUUGUGUUCCACUAGAGCUAGAGAUCGCGGAACUAGUGGCAGAAGGAAAACAAAUAAUGUCAUUGGCUGAAGUUAAAGAAUUAAAUGCUAUCAGCGAGGUGUCUGUCCUGUCCCCUGAGCAGUUGACUGAUUUCCUACAUUUUCAUCAUUCCCUGGGGAAGAUUGUUUAUUUCGAUACCCCCCAGCUGAGAGAUAAUGUAAUGAUCAACCCUCUUCUUAUGGUGGAAGUUAUGAGAUCUUUUAUCACAGAUGUUGCAUUUUGGCCCAAAGAAAAUAAAACAAGGAAAACCUUUCAAAAGAUGUCUGAAAAUGGAAUGAUACAAAAAGUAGACCUCUACCAGAUUUGGGAACAAGAAGAAUUCCGUCAGAUUUUACCAUUUAAAGAGUACAUAUUUGAUAUGCUAAUACAUCUAGAUAUCGUAUCCGAACAACGGAGAUAUGAUACAAAAACAGGAAGUCGUCUACCAAUAGAAAACUUCUUUGUACCCUGUAUGCUUACUCAAAGAAAUGAUACAGAUUUCUUGAAACAAGAAUGUACAUCAGAGAGGACACUAAGUUUGACUUACCAAACCGUCUAA